CGAGAGGCGGCCCGGGCGGGCGGAUCGGGCCGGUCCCUCCCGGCAUGGCCAGAGGCUCCGAGAUGCUGCUCCCGUCCAUCCAUCCCCUGCUCGGGCUCCUCCUGCUGCUCCCAGGUUCAGCUCCCACGAACACCUCCACCCCUGCUGGAACAGGUCAAUCCCAAGCUGCAGCCAGCCCUGAAGCAAAGAACCACAGCUCAGAGCCAGCAGUAAAAUCAACACCACUGACCAACCUGAGCCUCACCUCUGUGGGUCCAGCUACAACUACAGCCAAACCCUCCCCCACCACUGCAACCACCCUGACAGCAACCACUGAGCAAGAUGAUAAGUCCAGUGGGAACAGAAGCACAGCAGCCCCUCCUCCAACACCUCAAGGUCAGGAUCCCGUGAGGAAUGAGAGCACCACAACAUCAGCGACUCAAGGUGCUUCCUCCUCACAGAGAGGCACCUCAAAACCCAUCACCCCAACACCCAACUCCUCCAGCUUGCCCGAGCCCACCCCCACAGAUGAGAAAUCACCUCUGACCGUGGCAGCUUUUGGUGUCAUCAGCUUUGUUGUUAUCCUGAUAGUGGUGGUCAUCAUCCUGGUCAGCGUGGUCAGCCUGAGGUUCAAGUGCAACCACUCCAAGGACUCAGAAGACAAACAGAAACCAGGAAGCUCCAUGGUGUCAGAGAGCUGCUCUGCAGACACGAGCCAGAAGGGGAACAGCAUCACUCUGAUCUCCAUGAAGAACAUCAACACCAACAACAGCAUGAGCUACCCCCCGUCAGAAAAGGUGCUAUGAAGCCAAGAGCCCAGGGCUUGAAGCUGACACGUGACAACCAGCAGUGCCUUUCUAGGUCCUUUUUUUAAUUUUGUCCUUCGGGGAAAGAGCAAGGGUGGACUUUAUAUAUAAAUUAUUAUUCCUCUCUGAUCAGUACAUUUACAGUAGUGUCCUACAUAGCUUCCCCACCUGGGGCCUAAGGGCUUUCUCCAGUUACAGCCUGCCACACUCAGUGCUUGAUACCUGACUCUAUUUCUGAUAUGCCUUCAAACACUCAGAUAAUUCCAGCAGCAAGGAGCACCAAGGCACCAUCCACUCUGCUAAUAAAGCUCUGCCUUAGAUGAAUGGCCUUUCUAGUCUGUGCAGGCUCAUUAAUCAGCACAGCCCCACGCCGAGCCAGACCUGUGCUCUGGGAAAGCCUGAUCCAAAGCUGAAGGCCUUAAAUGCCAAGUUCUGGGUCAAAUCCCAGCAGGACUGCUGCAAGCCCCUUAUCCCCAGUGCCCUCAUUGUGCCCACAGCAGUGGGAUGCUCACAUCCACCUGCCUCACAGGGUUGUUGUGAGGUUUUGUUCAUCCCUGUCUGUAAAGCAUUUGGAGAGCCACGAAUUAAAGGUGCUGCUGAAAUGCAAAUUGCCAUCUCAAACAUUUUAUUAUUAUUAUUAAUAACAACAGAGCUUCAGGAAGGCAGAUCAUUAUCUCCUCACGUGCUCAGAGACUCAGCUGAAGGAAGGAACAAAGCCCCUUACAAAGAUCAGGGGUUUAUCUCAGUGUAAAAUGAAUGGUCACAAGCCAAAUGCUGAGCUCCUUCAGCUCCUGGAGUGUGGCAGCCUAAGUUUGCCAGGAGAGCUUCCAUCAUCUUCCACCACUGCUUUCCCAAACCUUCCUGGCACCAGGAAGAG